AUGAAAGAGCUGGAAGCAACUCGUCAUCCUACAUUGUUGAUUAUCAUUUAUUCAGCAUUUUAUUCUGCCGUCUUUUUGUUAGGCCUUUUGGGCAAUACAUUCGCUGUACUAUCUGUUAUCUUGCAUCCACAACUGCGUUCAUCCACAGAUUAUUUAAUAUCAUCACUGGCCACUGCUGAUCUGUUAAUUAUAUUAUUUUGUCUUCCUACAACUUUGCUUAAUAAUCUUUUAACAGAAUGGCAACUUGGUGCGAUAGGCUGCAAAAUGUCAACUUGGAUAAACUCGACGACUUCUUGCGCUUCAAUCUUUACUUUGGUUGCCGUUACAGCAGAUCGUUAUUUAGCAAUUUGUCACACGAUGAAAUAUGCUGUAUGGGAUUCUCGAUGGACACUUUAUGUGAUUGCAGGAAUAUGGAUGCUCAGUGGAAUUCUUGCAGCACCAACUUUAGCCAUCUAUGACGAGAUAUUAUUUACAUUGGAUCCACCAAAUGGUACCAUGGUGGCACGCUUAUGCAUUGCAACACAAGAUGAAACAUUAAACUUUAUUAUUGUUAAUUUACUACUUGCAUUUACUAUUCCAUUCAUCCUGAUAUCAGCGCUUUAUACACGUAUCUUCAUCACUGUAUCAAAUCAUCGUAGUUUGGCUGUGAACGCUAAGAUUCGUGAUGAACGCGUUAAGUUACGAGUGGCUCAAAUGAUGUUUACAGUUAUUAUUGUUUUUGCACUAUGCUGGCUACCAUUACAUGGAAUAUACUCUUAUUUUUUCCUUACAAAGGACUACAAUACAUCAACAUUUCAAUUUGCAUCCCAGUCAGAAGUAUCGUCGAGCAUUUCGUCACUUUCUCGUCCUACCAUGCCGUCCGUGAACGAUAUGAACAAACACGGAGCAAAACGCAAAAUAUUCAACAGUUAUGGCUUAAAUCACAUUCACCUGAGGAGGUGGCGUUAUAUUGUGGACAGUUUAACGGACGCACUAAAUCUGUACGUGAUAUCAUCACUCUACCAUCAAUUACCAUCCUUUCAAUACUUGACAACUCGUAAUUAUACCACCACCACUUCUUUUUAA